AUGGCAGUGCCUGGACAGAAAAAGGAAUCGCUUACGCCAAGUGAACUGCAUUUCAUAGCGACAUCCGAAUACGUGGUGGAGAUUGUACCCAAUUUCUCAAUGGGCCAGAUACGGUUGUUGAGUGGUAUCUGGGGACCAUUCACACCGCCAGGCAAAGCCAGAGUGCCUCUGUGGCUGGCACUCGAUUUGAAGCGGCGGAAGAGGUGCUCGAUAGUUGCGCCAGAGUGGAUGAGCGUCGAUCAUCUACAAGAGAGGCUCAAAGACGAGACCACUCACGGCGAGUACGCUGAUUUGCCAUUCCGGUAUUUGGAAAUAUCAAAAGCGAUAAUCGGCGUGGCUGGUGAGGAUGUAGACAAUGCAGCACUCAUUCGCAGUCUGCUGAUGGAUAUUCGUCAGGCACGCCAAACAAAGUCGCGUCAAGGUGUUGUCAAGAUGAAUGACGCGGGCAUGGCCAUGACGGGGAUCUCCCAGCUCGAAAUCAACGAACUGCGGCCAUUCUUUGUGCAGUCAUUUGGCGUGAUGAGGAGGCUGGGUGGUGCACAUGUCGCAGCGCCAAUGAGCCAGUCGACGCAGAUACCAAGCCAGUUUACCCUGGAUGAGGAUGGAUGGGAUGUGAGUGGGGUGUAG